UUCGCUCGCUGCCGCGGCCGAAUGAUCCAGGCGCUCCCGGGGGGCGGCAGCCUCCAGCAGUUGCGGUCUCGGCAGCGACGUAGGAGGAAAAGGCGUCUCCCGCCCCGUCGCUUCCAGGCCCUUGGGCAGAUGCCGUUUCUUUUCCGACGUCUGCGCCCUCGCCCACCGCCCGCUAAUCCAGACGGACGCCCGGCUGCCCUGCAAUCCCCGAGCGCGGGGUUGCGCCGCGGAGGUGGCAGCGGCGCUGGGCCCGAGGCGCAGAGCCCGCCCCUUCGCCCAGCCCCAUCGGUGGGGCUCGCCCCAGAGGGCGGGAGCGGGGAGGGGAGAUGGGGUCCUCACCCCCAGUCCCUCCCCUUUCUCCGCCCGGCACAAACCAGGAGCCCAGGAGCCGUCCCAGCCCUAGCGCCCUCUUCCCCGCCCAGGCAGACGCGACCCGCGGAGGCAAAGCCAUUGGAAAAAAGCCCCGCCCUCCGCGGGCUACCUCCGGACCCUCGUCCGCGCGCUGCCGCCAACGGCUGUCCGCUGCUACGCAUGCGUCAUGGCGAAAGGGGCGCAUGCGUCUUAAACGGCAUUUAGUCCGCCGCGGGGGGGCGUUUUCCGCGUACCUGGACGUUUGGAUUCUGCGGACUGGAGGAGAAACAAAAGAGCUAGGGCGUCAUUACAUUGACUUCUGGGAAAUGUAGUUUUGAUGCUGCUGGCGCGUUCUGAUUGCGACAGAAACUACAGCCCCCUGGAGCCACUGCGAGGUUUCCCGUGUCUGCCUGCGAGUCAACGGUUAGCACUCACGGAGAUUGACUGAGAGCAUCGCUUUGAAUCACUUUGUUUAUAAAGAGGUGCUCAUAUGAUGAGAUGUAUCUGAACUUAUGAUCAACUGAGAAACCAGAAAAUUCACAUCACCCAUAUGCUCACUCCAGGGCCAGAUGCUCAUUGCAAAUCAGGCAGAAUUGUCCAUACUGAUUAUACAAUAAUGGAUUCUGAAUUAAUGCAUAGUAUAGUAGGGAGCUAUAUUAAACCUCCAGAAAGAAUUUUUGCUCCAUCAUUCACCCAGAAUGAUGAAUUACCUCGGAAUCACCACUCUGUGAACUUUGAAGUUACCUCUCCGAAAAUGCUUCAAAGUCCAAAUAGCCAAGCUCUUAUUUUAGCCUUAAAAACUCUUCAAGAAAAGAUUCACCGUUUGGAGUUAGAAAGAACACAAGCUGAAGAUAACCUGAACACCUUAUCCAGAGAAGCAGCACAGUAUAAAAAGGCCUUGGAAGAUGAAACAAAUGAGAGAAAUCUGGUCCACCAGGAACUGAUAAAGCAGAAAAAAGAUAUAAGUAUACAAUUAAGCUCAGCUCAGACUCGCUGUACGCUCCUAGAGAAGCAACUGGAAUAUACAAAGAGAAUGGUUCUCAAUGUAGAGCGAGAGAAGAAUAUGAUCCUAGAACAGCAGACCCAGCUUCAAAGGGAGAAAGAACAAGAUCAGAUGAAGCUGCAAGCAAAACUUGAAAAGCUUGAUCUCUUAGAAAAAGAAUGUUUUAAACUUACAACAACUCAGAAAACUGCUGAGGACAAGAUUAAACAUUUAGAGGAAAAACUUAAGGAAGAAGAACAUCAGCGUAAGCUAUUUCAAGACAAAGCUUCUGAGCUUCAAACUGGACUUGAAAUCAAUAGAAUUUUAAUGUCUUCAGUAUCAAACCCAAAACAACCUAAGGAAAAGAAGAAAUCUUCAAAGAAAACUAAAUGCUUAAAAAGAGGACCACCUCAGCAAAUGUAUUCAAAGUUUGGAUCAAUGCCUAUGUUGUCUGAAAAGCCUGCCAGAGCGUGCCAUUCUGUAAAUGCAAGUGUGCAAAACCUCCUUCAGAUGGUGCAACAUUAUGGGCCACAGAUUCUUCAGAAACCUGCUGAAGUUGCUGAGCCUAGAUGUCUCUACAAGCCUACUAGAACAACUUCCCAGUGUAAAGUGGUACCUCCUCACUCCAAAAAAUCUGUUUCCAUUUGUGACAAUUUGUCUGAACUUUUGAUAGCAAUGCAGGAAGAGCUGGACCAAAUGAGUGUAGAACACCAAGAGCUACUGAAUCAAAUGAAGGAAACUGAAAGCCAUGCAGUCUGUGAAGACAUAGAAUGUGAACUAGAGCAUUUAGUCAAGAAAAUGGAAAUUAAAAGAGAACAGAUUUCCAAACUGAUGAAGCAUCAAGAUAGUGUUCGCAAACUACAGCAAAAAGUUCAAAACUCAAAGAUGAGUGAAGCUUCAUGUAUUCAACGAGAAGAUAGCAACCCUAAAGGAUUAAAGAACAUAAAAUAUAGCCCCAGAAAAUGUCUGCUAAAUCACUCUCUUCAGAAGAACAGCAACUUUCAUCCAACGCCAGUCCAUAAUCUUCAAAUGAAAUUAAGAAGAGAUGAUAUCAUGUGGGAACAGUAA